AUGUCGGCAUCCAAUGAUCUCAGCAGCAUCCUGACUGAUGCCAACUGGACGAUGUACCAGAUUGGUGCAAUGGAGCAUCCACUGGCUCCACCAGCCACGGCUCUUCCAGUCAUGAGGGAUCCACAGAUGGCCAACUUACAAUUUGCUACUGAUUUCCUGGGGCCCCUUAAAUGGUACCAGUCGGCCCCCCAGUUCUGGUCCAAACAGAAUGUUCUGGAGUGGAUCAGCUACCACGUCGAAGAGAGCAAGUUUGACGCCAGCACGCUGACCAUGUCCAGUUGCUCGAUGGACGGCCCCAUUCUGUGCCAGCUCUCCCGCGAAACACUGCUGUCCAUGUUCGGACCCCUGGGAGAGAGGCUGUACCAGAGCCUGCAGGAGCUAAAGGCCAAAUACGGCAUGGAAGACCUGAACACGACAUACGACUUGCUCAACAUCCUACUUGAUGACUUUCCAGAAUUUCUGAACAUGCCUGGAGGGGAUGACUUCAAACUCCUGAGCACAGUCAUUGUGCAUGGAGAGGAGCAAAAGAGUGACCCCGGUGUCGGUGGGGACAUGGUUGGCGCUUUGACACCCUCCAGCGAUAAUGGCUAUGAAUCCGGGUCCACCUCGGCCGACAGCCUGGACAGCGCACACUCAAGAACGUUGAGCUUCCUGAAUCCCAGUUCCCCCGAAUAUGGAGGAAGCGACUCAGACCCAGAACUCUCAGAUCUGCAAUUUCCUCUCAGUGCAAAGGAGCUCAAGAUGGAGGAAGAAGGCCUGAAGCCCUGCAAGAGGAGCAGGGGGAGGCCCAGGAAACUCAGCCGGGGCUCCGAAUUCUUCAUCGAGGCCAAGAAAAACAAGCACGCCCCAAGAGGCGCACACCUGUGGGAGUUCAUCCGGGACAUCCUGAUCCACCCGGACCAGAACAACGGUCUGAUGAGAUGGGAGGACCGCCGGGAGGGCGUCUUUAAAUUCCUCAAGUCAGAGGCCGUGGCCCAGCUGUGGGGGCAGAAGAAGAAGAACAGCAGCAUGACCUACGAGAAGCUCAGCCGUGCCAUGAGGUACUACUACAAAAGGGAGAUCUUGGAGCGGGUGGACGGCCGAAGGCUGGUGUAUAAGUUCGGGAAGAACUCGAGCGGCUGGAAGUUGGGAGAGGUGGGCGUUGCGAUGUGAAGUGGAAGGAAGGAAGGAGUGGAAUAACGAGAAGGAUUCCUGCACAGAUGUGGACUCAGAAAUGGGCCUACAGAUGGAAUAACUCCAGCCAAAAGGGCCAAAGAUACUCAGACUCGACUGCGUAUAUUCCCUCACUCCGGUGGGUGGUGUUUGCAGCAACAAGUAAGCCAUUUUGGCUAAAGUAGGUUGUAUGAACCAAUAAUGAAGUUUCAUUAUUAUUAUUAUUUCUUUUCAAUACUCCGUGUGGGUGAAACUCUUAUCUGCCAAGUCUAGUACUUGCUGGUAGGACUUCCUGAGCCCAAAAAGGCAUGCUGGCAUGUCCUUGUUCACUCCGGAGAUUUACAGAAAUUGUCUGCACAUAUUUUUUCAAUAUCAGUACGCAGUGAUGCCAGUAGCUCAGGUUCCAGGUUAUUUGAAGUGAAAGUCAGGUGUUUGAAGUGGAAAAAGAUCAGCUUUCCCAUGCAGAAAAUACAUCCAGUGAAAGCAAAUGGCUCACACUGGUACAGUACCAGUAUGACAUGGCGAUACCAACGUUUGUCAAGAUGGUGGAACCCACUCCAUUUUCUAUUUACAUUUUUACAUUUUACAGGACACGACUGGUCAAAUGUACUAAUACUACCAAUCAAUUAUUUGAUGAUAUGAAGUAGAUCAAUUCAGCAUUGUGUGUGUGUGUAUUUUUUAAUAUACAAGGUCUCUCUUUUAAAAGAGAUUUUAAUCUCAAUGAGAAAACCUACAUAAAUGAUAAAUAAGAAUAUUCUGUAACUAAAAAGAAGGACAUGUUCGAUGCUUUGAAUCAAUGGACUGUGUUUUAAAUGAUUUGAAACUAUAUUAUUCAGCUGGUCUGUUGAUUUUUUUUAUUCAAUAUUUUGUUAUGCCAGAAUUAAACCUCAAAGUUGUAUUUUUAAAGAUAUCUUUAUGUAUAUGUGUGCCAUAUUGUUUUGUACUGUUCAGAUAUGUUUUUAAUAAAGAUUAUUUGAGAA